CACUGGUUUGAUGGUAUGGCUCUCCUGCACCAGUUUAAAAUAUCCAACGGACAGGUGACUUACAAAAGCCGCUUCCUGUCCAGUGACAGUUACAAAGCCAACAAGGAGCACAACCGCAUCGCAGUAUCAGAGUUUGGCACCGUCAACAUACCAGACCCCUGUAAAAACUUAUUCCAGCGCUUCCUGUCAAGAUUUGAAUUACCAAAGACCACAGAUAAUGCCAAUGUGAGCUUUGUGACCUACAAAGGUGAUUAUUAUGUCAGCACUGAAACCAAUGUCAUGCACAAGGUGGACCCUGAGACACUAGAGACAACUAAAAAGGUGGACUGGAGCAAAUUCAUUGCUGUGAACGGAGCGACUACACACCCUCACACGGAGCCUGAUGGAACAACUUACAACAUGGGGAAUUCAUACAACUCUAAAGGAGCGACCUAUAACAUCAUCCGAGUGCCGCCGACCAAGAAAACAGCUGAGGAAACCCUGGAGGGAGCCACAGUGCUGUGCUCUAUUCCCUCAGGGGACAAGAGCAAACCAUCCUACUACCACAGCUUUGCAAUGUCAGAGAACUAUGUGGUGUUUAUUGAGCAGCCUAUCAAGAUGGACCUGUUAAAGAUUGUGACAGGCAAGCUGAGAGGGAAAAGCAUCAGUGACGGAAUUUUCUGGGACCCGAAACGCGACACCAUCUUCCACCUGAUUCACAAGCAUACAGGAAAGUUAAGCUCCAUCAAGUACCUUGCCAAGCCGCUGUUAACUCUGCACCAGAUUAACGCAUACGAGGAGGACGGCUUCUUGAUCCUAGAUAUGUGUGCUUCAGAUGAUGGCAAGGCAAUUAAUAACUACAACAUUCAAAACCUGCGCAAGUCUGGAGAAGAUCUUGAUGAGGUGUAUAACACCAUGUGUAAAAACUUCCCACGGCGUUUUGUCCUGCCUCUCAAUGUGGACCGUGAUACACCCUACGACCAGAACUUGAACCGGCCCAACACCACAGCCACUUCGAUAAGAACUGCCAAGAAGACGGUCUUCUGUACCCACGAGGACCUCCACGGAGAGGAUCUUCAUCACUAUGGAGGUCUGGAGUUCCCCCAGAUCCACUACGACAAGUACAACACCCACCCCUACCGCUACUUCUAUGGCUGCGGCUUCAGACAUCUUGUAGGAGACACGCUGAUCAAGAUGGACCUCCACGGGAAACACAUGAAGGUGUGGGAACAACCUGGUCUUUAUCCCUCCGAACCAGUCUUCGUACCCUCCCCUAAUGCCACGGAGGAGGACGAUGGUGUCGUCAUGUCUGUGGUCAUCACUCCCAAUAAGGACAAGAGUACAUUCCUCCUGGUUUUAGAUGCCAAAACGUUUGAGGAGCUGGGCAGGGCUGCGGUGCCCGUCAACAUCCCCUACGGUUUCCACGGGACAUUCAAUGCCACGCCAUAGAUGUAGCAGAGGAGGAAAUACAUGAUGAGUGUACCUUUGACCUCACAUGGAUGGAUAGAAGUCAUAGCAUAAGUUCUAAACUAUUUAAAUAUUGUGGAUGUUGACGUUUUGGUUGUUUCAACAUACACGUGAAUUUAGAGGUCACUACACAAAUAUGAAUGUAAUGUAUAGUUUACUUGUUAGAGAAAGAAGAAAAACAUUCCUACUCAUAUUUAAUCCUAUUGUAGCUGUAUUAUUGAAGUUGUGCUUUUAAUUAAGUAAGUUCUUCUUUCUAUACAUUAAAACAUUCUCUUAAAAAUGUUUGUAAAUAAAAAGGAACUGACAAGUAUAAUGCAUGCUUUGGCACAAUUACCAAAUGUUGGAGAAAUGUAUGUUAAUUAAAGAAAUGAUUCAUUGUUAA